AUGGAAAAUUAUGAUAUAGUCAGUACAAUUGGACGGGGUGGUUCCGGGAAAGUGUUUCUGGUGCGAAGCAAGGAAGAUCAGAGGUAAAUAAUUUUGCAGUUAUUGUAAGAUAUGCACUGUAUAUUUAUGUGUGCUUUUAUUAAUACUGUAGUAGUGGUUGUUUAAAGUUUGUAAAAUGAUCAUUUAUGUGUAUGUUGAUGGCGUUGAGUAUUUAAUGUAUAUAACCAUCAAGUGUAUGGGUUAUAAUUUGAUUUUCCAAUAACCAACUCAAAUACUCAAUUUUUAUCUUCAAAUGACAAGACACUCCACGAACUUAUAUCCAGGGGCCCAGGGCUAUACCUUUGGCUUACCCCUGGUUAGCCAGGGUGCAUUCCAUGCAAAGUCUACGCUGAAGAUACGCCAAUAUUAACUAUAGAUAGUAUUGUAAUUUGCCAAACUCACGCCGAAGAUCUUCGGCGUAGGCCACUUAAAAUGCACCCUGGCUGGUUAGGGAUUCGCCCUGGAAAUCUGGGUUCGGUUCCGGUUCAUUUGCACUGCAUCAAAGUAAGGUUCACACUAACCUGAGUUGAUCACCUCUUUAAUGAACUUCAAAAAGCCAACUCAGGUGGAAAUUUAUCUUCAUGAAUAAAAGAUAUCUGAGAUUUUUCACCUUAAUAUUAUCUAGACAAUAUGCACUGAAACAGAUUAUUUUGAACACAAAAUCAAACACGAAAGAAUCUGUACUUAAGGAAGCAAGGUAAUUGUCAUCAUUUGCAUUUAUGGAUGCACAGUCAAAGAUAAAAACAUCGUCUUUAUUCUCACCUAAAACUUUCAUGUUUAAUCGUUUUUACAGGAUUCUCUCGACAUUAAAACAUCCACAUAUUGUCACAUGUUGCAAUUUCUUUUUUGAUGAUCUUGAAGAACACUUAUAUAUAUUACAGGUAUAUCCCCAUACCCUAGUAUGAAGCAUUAUUAGGGUCAUAAUUCAAAUAGAAAUUCUAUUGUGCUAUUACACUCAAUAUAUGUUUCUGUUAUUUGAAUACAGUAACAUGAUUUGAAUUCAAAACAGUAGAUCUGGCAUUUGAAAACAGAGUUCUGACUUUUGAAAAAGGAGUUCUGGCAUUUGAAAACUCAGUUUGGGCAUUUGAAAAGGGAGUUUGGGCAUUUGAAAAGGGAGUUUGGGUAUUUGAAAAGGGAGUUUUGGCAUUUGAAAAUAGAGUUUUGGCAUUUGAAAAUGGAGUUCUGGCUUUUCAAAUUUCAAAUUGUGUUAUUUGAUUUCAAGUUAUGUUAUUAGAAUUCAAAUUGUGAUAUUCGAAUAAAAGAAACAUAUAUUGAGUGUUAGCACAAUAGAAUGUCUAUUUGAAUUAUGACCCUAAUAACGCUUCAUAGGUACAUCCUUAUUUGUUUCGAAGAUUAUUUUAUAUUAGCAAUUUUAUAUUAGCAAUUUUAUAUUAGCAAUUUUAUAUUCAUUUUCUCAUGAUUGGGUCAUUCCAGAAAACAUCCAUACCUCCCCACAGAGUAAACUGGAAGUUAACCCCCCUACCCUCUUUGGAUGCCCUAAUACACUUAUUAUUACCAGAAACAAAUUUUUCUCACCCCCCCCCCCUCUGGAUGGCAGCAAUUUCCUCCUUGGGGAGAGUGUGGAUCUUCUCUGGAAUGACCCAUUAUUCAUGAUAAUUAAUUGUGAAUAUUGCAGGAUUAUUGUGAUGGGGGUAAUUUACAGGACCAAAUUUUUGAUAAAAAAGAGGUAGGUAUGAUAAAAUUAAAUAUUUCUGCUGCUAAUGCAACUUCUGGAAAUUAUAAAUUAACCCCUUGAGUGGCAGGCUGGAAGCACUCUCCACUUGGCGGGUAAAAUUGUCUGGCGUUAGACAGAGUAGAGGGUGCAUUACCACUUAAAGGGUUAAUGUGAAAUUGACAUAUUUUUGUUUAGAAACAUGCAAACAUUAAAGAAGAACAAAUUAUGCAGGUGAAAUAGAUUUGUGUUGAGCUUUUAGGAGGAUUAAUUUUGUACAAUAUUAAAAUUUUUCAUUCUGUUUUAUUUCAUUAAACAGUGGUUUGUUCAGGUGACAAUGGCUGUUCAACAUAUUCAUGCAAACAAAAUUUUGCACAGGUAAUUGCUUUCAGAGCAUUGUAGAACAGAAUUUCUUUGUUCUUAUUAUAAAUAUAAUUGUCUUUUAACACAACAUUUCAGAGACCUGAAGACACAGAAUAUCUUCUUAACAAAACGAGAUCUUGUCAAGAUAGGUAAGUGACGUUCUGUGACAUUGUAGGCAGCAAUGAUAACGGACAGCCAUGGUGUGAUAGAGAUUCAGUGUAAUGAAAUCAGGGUCUGAGAGACUACCCCACUGGGAUACCAUGAUUCAAAUUUCAAAGUUCUAGUGUCCCAUCUGAGAAUCCAGUUUUCAGUAUCACACUUUUGCAUGGAUACUGGCUACUAUAAAUUUUGGCAUCCCUGAAUCAUCAAAGUAAGCAUGCAGUAGUGUACAUGUAUGAUGUCUCUCAUUGGACUCAAUUAGACUGUAUUUUGAAGAAGGCAAACUCACGCUACUCAAAGUUAUUGAGUGCAUUUUAAUGUUUGAAAUUUUGCAAUAUCCAGUCGGGAUACAAGUCAUUCACAGUUUGGUAUCCAAAACCAAAUUUUAGUGUUUAUUGAAUAUUGGGAUACUGAAAAUUUCAGACUCUGGAAAUGCAGCUAUUGUGUCCGUUUCAGGUGAUUUUGGCAUUGCUAAAGUCAUGGAGAAUACGUUGGACAUGGCUGAGACGUGCUGUGGUACACCUUGUUAUCUCAGUCCAGAAUUAUGCCAAGAUGUACCAUAUACCUCAAAAGCUGAUAUCUGGGUAUGACUAAUAUUUAUUUUGUAUUUGAAACUCAAAUUAUUGGACAUUUUGGAUUGGUUGUAUGAAGGCCAGAUAACGCUGUGAAAGUGAUUUUUUUCAACGUUUCUUAAAUUGCUCAUUGAUUGGUAUAAUCUGGGUUAAACUUUAGUAUUAAAUGUCAAAUUUUCAUUUAAUUUGUGAGGUCAUGAAUAUCUGUAGUUUUAUAACUUUUCAAAGAAUCAUUAUCCAGUGGAUAGCACCUUGGUACAACCGAGCCCUAGGGAGAGGUUUGGAGGUUUAGAACUGGUAGAGUUAAGCAGUAUAAAUAAAGAUUUAAGGUGAUUUAUAUUUUGAAGCAAAGUGUUUUGUUUGUACUGUAUCUAGGCUCUUGGUUGCCUGCUAUACGAGUUGUGUUCUCUACGCCCAGCAUUUAGUGCUGGAAACAUUGUCAGUUUAUUUUACAAAAUUGUGAGCGGGAAUGUCGAGGUAUGUCUACCAUAUUAUCAUCAUCAAUAUAUUGACACGACAGGGUUAGAAAUGAUCAUAGAUCAUAAAUCAAAUUUUACUUUGUCUAGCCGAUACCAUCAAUGUACAGUGAAGACGUCGGCAAUCUAAUAUCUCACAUGAUGUCAAAGUCUCCAGACGAUAGACCAAGGUACGCCAACGAUAAAUAUCGAAUGAUCCACAAUGUGUCAGCGUAUGCAGGUAGUGACAAAAACACAGAGAGAUUUUUGUGGAUUCAACCACCGGAAAAAUACAAGGAAAAUUUCGGCGUUUCGAGCGAAGGCUCUUCGUCCUACUAACUUUCCAACGAAGAGCUUUCGCUCAAAGCGUCGAAGUUUUGCUUGUAUUUUUCAAGGCUGCAUUUCUUCAACGAUAAAUAUAUUCAAUUUCUAUCACAGAUUUUCUCCACUUAAUUUCGUAUUUGGACUUUUCUCUUGUUAGUUUUGUUAACACAGUUUUUGUUGAACUUGUAGCGCCGGUGCAAUCCUGAAUAUACCGUUCGUAAAAGAACAUCUCUCCUUGUUCAUCGAGGGCAAGAAAAGUUUAAAGGAACAACAACGGUACAGUUAAUGACAGAUAAGCUAGUGUUGUACGAGUCAGCUUUACAGACUUCGCAAGUCUGCUAACAAGCCGUCAACAAGUUGUGUUCGCACUGCUUGGCCCAAGGUGUCAACAAGUUUGGAACAAGCUGUUAACUUCUUGUAACAACCUUGUUGAUAUUAUCAGAUUUGUUGCAAGGUUGUUCCAACAAGUCCGUUACAGUCAUAACAAUGUUGUUACAACCUUGCGUCGUCAACCUUGUAACAUUCUUGUAAUAUCAUGACUGCAUCUGACUUGUUAGAACAACCUUGUAACAAGUCUGACAAUGCCAUCAAGCUUGUUACAAGUUGUUAAUAGCUUGUUCCAAACUUGUUACAACAACUGGGAACAAGCAGUGCGAACACAACUUGUCGACAGCUUGUGAACAGAUUUGUAACAACUUGUUUGCAGACUUGUAACAACUUGUGCGUUUUUACGUGUUCCAACAACUGUCACCAGGAUGUGUUCGCACUGCUUGUUCCCAGCUUGUUGACAAUUUGUCAACGGCUUGUUGGCAACUUGCUAGAAGGUUGUUGAGCUCAACAGACUUGUCACAAGUUGUUCCAACAACCUGUUAUCGUCCUGCAAUUCGACAAUUAGUAACAACCUUGUAGCAACUUGAUAAAAUAACAGCAUUGUUACUACUUGUUGACAAACUUGCUACAAAUCUGUUGCGAACACAUCUUUUUGACAAGUUGUUCGAUAUCAUGAACUACAGUAUUUAUUAAGAAAUGCGAGCUUAUUGUAUUUCUUUUUUAAUAUUUAGUCCAAACGAAGAUCUCCGUGUGAAGUCGGCCAGUAACCAGCGAUGUUCUUCCCGACUAUCCAAGUCUCCUGUUGUCCCAGAGGAACCGACCAGUCCCGAUUACCCUGACGAUUUCGAGGCGUCAUCCGACGACGACGAGGCGGAGUAUUCCGAUGACUUUGACGAAGGGGAGGGAGAUGAGUCCAUCAAGGAGCCAAUGGCGGCCAAGACAGGAGUUGGUUUGAGUAAAGUUGGUGUGAAUGUCGAGAGUUACUCUGAUGAAGAGUUUGAACAGGAUUCCGAUUCUGAGGUAUAGUUGCGAUGGUUGUGGUGAUGAUGAUGGUGAUGAUGAUGGUGAUGAUGAUGGUGAUGAUGGUGAUGAUCGUGAUGAUGAUGGUGGUGGUGAUGAUGGUGAUGGUGAUGAUGGUGAUGAUGGUGAUGAUGAUGAUGUGGUAGUGGUGGUUAUGGUGAUGAUGAUGUUGAUAGUGGCAACGAUGGUGGUGGUGACGGUAGUGGUGCUGUUGAUUGUAUUAGUUUUGAUGAUGGUUGUGGUGAUGAUGGUGGUGGUGACAUUAGUGGUGCUGGUGAUUGUAGUAGUUUUGAUGAUGGUGAUGAUGGUGGUGGUGGUGGUGUUGAUAAUGAUGACGACGAUGAUAUAGCUGUUGGCAUGGUAAUGACGUCAUGCAAACUAUGGUCAAUUAUUUCUGAUAUUUCCGUUUCCUUAUAUUCUAGUCUCUGCGAAAUAUUCUCGCUUCAGCAAAGGCAGCCCAAGACUUAGAAGGUAUACACUAUACUGUAGUUCCUCUUUACUUUAUCGAAAUGAAAUCAACGUAGUCAAGAUUUAUCAAGUUUUUGAACUUCUUUAUUAGUGCCUGAGGAGACAGUUGAAGAUUAUGAACGACCGGCAUCAUCUUGUCGAGACAUCAUAAAAGAGUAAGACAGUUUGCUUACUUGCCAAGACAGUUUCCUCUUAUGAAGUGUUUAAGUGUGUUGCAAGUUGCAAACAUAACAACAAAUAAUAUUUUUAUUUUUGUAAAGGCCAAUUUACGCUACAUAACUUUUGCCUAAAAUUGUCGCAUGCAACCUGCUUACAACUUGAGUUGUACUGUGUAAAUCAAACACACAACUUGCCUACGUUGUAGGUUGCAUGCGACAGUUUUAGGCAAAAGUUGUGUGGUGCAAAUCGACCUUAAACUGUUUUAUUAUUCACCAAACACUAGGGGAUGCAUAAAUGUUCUUGGUGAAAAAGCAUUUAAUGAAGUCAAAGAGUUGUGUCAGAAUGGAAAGAAUAAAAUUGAAGAUCAUCCAGGGUAAAAUAUCACGUUGUUUGUCGACUCUCCUAUACAGACGAGCAGCCUUCCAAGUCUCAAAAGCGGACUUGCUCGAGUGUAUGACCAACAUUUUUUCUUGACAAGUUGAGUCGCUAGAAUUAAUAAAUAAACUGACACUUUAUGUAUCUUUCGUCCAUCUAGGCAAGAAUUUGAGAAGCUAAGUGGCUCUGACACGAUGGAAACAUGCUUCCUUGUCAACGAACUUUUUAUGCUUGAUCCAUCCUGA